AUGCGCGCUUUUCAGAAACUGAUCAAAUCUCCUGCACUCUUCCCAAUACCGCGAACCCACGGGAUCCUUCUGCGCCGGAUGUCCUCAUCUCCUGCACCCGCUGGCGAUGCGCCCAAUUCGAAAAACGCAGGUUCGCUCCGCGCUCCGAUUUCGCGCCAGACGACAGCCAGCUCACACCACUACUCAGCGAAGAACGAGCAGAAACGAUUAGAGAAGGCCGCGAAAUUUGCAGCCAAGAACGCACUCAAAGCUGCUGCUGCAUCCUCCCCUGCAGCCGGAGACAAGAAGGAGAAGGAGAAGGAGAAGGAGAAGAAGGAUGUCGAACCGCCUUUCGUGAACAAGACACCCCCCGGAGAGAAAAAGGAUACCAACGAGCCCAUGGCUGCCGGCUAUAAUCCCAUCGCGGUCGAAGCCGCUUGGUACGACUGGUGGAUGAAAGAAGGAUUCUUCCGACCUCAAUUCACUCCCGAUGGCCAAAUCAAGCCCGAAGGUCUUUUCGUCAUCCCUGCUCCGCCGCCGAACGUCACUGGAAGUCUGCACAUUGGACACGGCUUGACGACAGCUAUCCAAGACACCCUUGUGCGAUGGAAUCGGAUGCUGGGCAAAACCGUGUUGUUUGUUCCGGGCUUUGACCAUGCGGGUAUAUCGACCCAGUCUGUGGUCGAGAAGCGCUUGUUCAAGGAUACUGGCCGAACGCGGCACGAUCUCGGACGUGAGAGGUUUUUGGAGACCGUCAUGGACUGGAAGAAUGAUUACCAGAACCGGAUCACACGACAACUGCAUAGACUUGGUGGCAGUUACGAUUGGGACCGCGUUGUUUUCACCAUGGACGAGAAACGCAACAAAGCUGUGAUCGAGGCUUUCUGUCGCCUACACGAAGACGGUGUGAUCUACCGAGCCAACCGUCUGGUUCACUGGUGUGUGAAGAUGAACACAACGCUUUCCAAUCUCGAGGUCGACCAGAAACAAUUGAACGGGCGGACAAUGCUCACCGUACCGGGAUACGGCCCGAACGAACGAUUCGAAUUUGGUGUGAUUGUGUCCUUCAAGUACAAGAUCGAGAACUCGGACGAAACAAUCACCGUCGCUACGACCCGACCUGAGACUAUGCUUGGGGACACUGCGAUCGCCGUUCACCCCGCCGAUCCCCGGUACACCCACCUUCACGGCAAAUUUGCCAUACACCCCUUCCUGCCUAACCGCCGCCUCCCGAUCGUGACUGACGACAUCAUCGUGGACAUGGAAUUCGGGACUGGUGCUGUGAAGAUUACGCCGGCGCACGACCCGAACGAUUAUGAGGUCGGCACGCGCCAUAAUCUGGAAUUCAUCAACAUCUUGAACGACGACGGCACGUUCAACGCGAAUGCGGGCGAGCGCUUCAAAGGAAUGAAGCGGUUCCACGCACGUGUUGCUGUUGUGCAGGCGCUCAAAGACGAGGGACUGUACGUCGAUACCAAAGAUAACCCAAUGCAAAUUCCUCUGUGCAGCAAAUCUGGUGACGUCGUCGAGCCUAUAUUGAAGCCCCAGUGGUGGGUAGACUCUAAACCCCUGGCAGAGGAGCGCACUCGGGCUGGUGAACUUCUGAUCACACCCAAGCAGUCUGAGAACGAGUGGUACCGAUGGCUGGAAGGCAUUCAAGACUGGUGUAUCUCACGACAGCUCUGGUGGGGACACCGCUGUCCCGCCUACUUUGUGGACGUUGACGGCCAGAAUCGUGAUCGAAAUGAUGGAAAGAAUUGGGUGGUGGGGCGGACUUUGGAAGAGGCCACUGAGCGCGCCGCUGCCCUCGCCGGCGGUCUGAGCUUCACUCUGCACCAAGACGAAGAUGUGCUGGACACGUGGUUCUCAUCCGGCCUGUGGCCAUUCUCAAUCAUGGGCUGGCCCAAUGAGUCGUCCCCCGACUUGAACAAAUUCUUCCCAAAUACCCUGCUCGAGACAGGCUGGGAUAUCAUCUUCUUCUGGGUCGCACGUAUGGUGUUGCUUGGUGUCAAGCUGACCGGUAAAGUGCCGUUCCACGAGGUGCUGUGCCACGCAAUGAUCCGGGACGCACACGGCCGCAAGAUGAGCAAGUCCCUCGGGAAUGUCAUCGACCCGAUUGACGUGAUCGAGGGUGUGUCUCUGGAGAAGCUGCACGACCAACUGCGUCAAGGCAAUCUGGACGAGAAGGAGAUCGAGAAAGCUAUUGCCGGGCAGAAGAAGGAUUUCCCCAAGGGCAUUCCGCAGUGUGGCACCGACGCGCUGCGGUUCGCGCUCUGCGCUUACUCGGCUGGAGGUCGUGACAUCAACUUGGAGAUCAUGCGUGUAGAAGGAUACCGCAAGUUCUGCAACAAGAUCUUCAAUGCAACCAAAUUCGCAAUGCUCAAGCUCGAUGACAAAUUUGUUCCGGAGCCGACGGCUAAGCCAACAGGCAGGGAGAGUUUGGUCGAGCAGUGGAUUAUGCAUAAGCUCAACAUUGCUGCGAGCGAGAUCAACACGCAUCUCGCUGAGCGGAACUUCAUGUUGGCCACAUCGGCUGCAUACAACUUUUGGCUGUAUGAGCUCUGUGAUGUGUAUAUUGAAGCAAUGAAACCAAUGACGGACGAGGCAGCACCUGCAUCACAGCGUCUAUCCGCUCAACAAACAUUGUAUACGUGCCUGGAUCUUGGUCUGCGGAUGCUGCAUCCGUUCAUGCCGUUUGUGACAGAAGAAUUAUGGCAGCGACUUCCCCGCAGGCCCAAUGAUUCGACACCGACGAUCAUGCUGGCCGCAUAUCCUGUGUUUACUGAGGACUAUGUGUUCGAGUCAGCCGAUCGACAGUUCAAUCUCGUCUUCAGUGCAUUGAAAACAGGUCGUUCGCUCGCGUCGUCUUACAACCUGCAGAGUAACAUCCAACUGUUCAUCCACGCUCAGACCGAGUCGGAAGUCGCGCUUUUUGAGUCCCAGGCCUCAACGAUCGUUUCUCUGACCAAAGGGUGCAAGAGCGCCCAAGUCGUGCGUGACAUCAAGGACAUCCCUGAAGGCUGCGGCGGAGCUGUUGUGACACCCAGCGUGGCCGUCCACGCGCUUGUCCGUGGGCUCGUCGAUCUGGACGUGGAGAUCGCCAAAUGCGACAAGAAGCUCGAUGUCGUGCGCAACAACCUGCAGCGCUUGGCCAAGGUUGAGUCCCAGGCUGAUUACGAGACUACGGUGCCCGAGAAUGUUCGGGAAGCGAAUGCGGAGAAGCGCAAGACGAUCGAGGCUGAGUUGGCCACACUUGAGUUGAGCAAAGCGAUGUUCGUCAAGUUGCAGUAGACUGGAUUACGCAUGAUGUGUCGCUGUACUUUUUAUAUGUAGAUAAUAUAGUCGAGGUCCAUCAGUCAGCUUCCUGCUGACGUCAUCAUCAUCUCUUUCUCUUCCUUCUACCAACUUUUCACGACGUCCUCAUGCUCCCUUUGCGCAUCUUUAGAAACAUUGGCGUCUCGAUGCCUCUGCGGAGCUUUUCCACUCCGUAUUCUUCGCUUCGGGCUACUGUGCGUCUUAGACAAGGCGUCCGACCCAAUCCGUUCCCGCGUCGAUCACCCUACUCGACCGCUCCCGCGCUCCCCCAACCGAAUCCCAACGCAGACUCUCCAGCGGCCGAACCACCACGAAUCCAGCCGCGGCUGUCGAUCACAUUCACGUGCACGGCCGGCGACUGCACCACGCGGAGUACACAUGAGUUCUCGAAGCACGCGUACGAGAAGGGGAUCGUGCUCGUUCAGUGUCCUGGGUGUCAUACUCGGCAUCUCAUUGCGGACCAUAUCGGUUGGUUCAAAGAGAGCACAGAGGAAGGGAAGCUGAGGACAGUAGAGGACUUGCUCCGCGCUCGGGGUGAAACCGUCAAGCGCGGCGCACUUGAUGCUGACGGCGGUGUCGUUGAAUACACACCUUGAGCUUCCGUCGGCGCGCCAAAAGUUGUUUUGUAAUAAAUACCGUACAUAGUACAUACACACUAGUGAUGCUAAUGACCUUCUGUAUCCAUAUAUCCCCGCUCUUGUAAACCAUCCGA